AUUUCUCAUCAAUUUGCCUCAUAAUCAUUCCUAAAUCACCUGUUACAUCUUGCGCAAAUUGUUCAUCCCUUCAAAGUAAUUACCACCAAGGCUCUUGCUCUGAACCCCUCAAAAUCUUGAUCAACGUCUUCCGCAAUUUCUGCAUUAUGACUCAAUGUUGUGGCGGAGAUUCAGUUUUAAUUGCUGAAAUUAAAUCUGUAUACGUUCAUGUCAUCUUGCAGAAUAUGAUUAGUCGUCCAUAAUAGAAACCAGUCAUCACACGAAUUGUACCAGGUGCCUUUGUAUCAUGAAUGUAUAAAAUUUUCAAAUUCUCUGUAACAUUACUCCUUGCGCUUUUGUUGGAAAGAAGCUGUAAUGUCUUACAACGAUCAAGCGAUGGCAAGUCACAAAAGGGAUUGUAAUCCUGGUCUGAAGCAGAUUGAUCUUGAUCAAAUAUGGGACGAUUUACGAGAAGGCAUCGAGCAAGUUUACAAUCGGCAGUUCAUGCCGAAGCCACGGUACAUGGAACUGUAUACCCAUGUCUACAACUACUGCACAAGUGUUCAUCAAAAGGUUCAACGAAAUGGCUCCACCUCAAAGCAGAAAAAAGGACCCAACAACCCGGGUGGCGCGCAGUUAAUCGGUUUAGAACUGUACAAAAAGCUCAGAGACUUCUUACGUAAUUAUUUAAUCAAUCUGCUGAAAGAUGGCGUAGAUUUAAUGGAUGAGGAUGUUCUUCAAUUCUACACACGUCAAUGGGAAGAAUACCAGUUCAGUUCAAAGGUUCUCAAUGGGGUUUGUGCAUAUUUGAAUAGGCAUUGGGUGCGGCGAGAGCAUGAAGAAGGAAAGAAAACGAUCCGAGAAAUUUAUCAACUAGCUUUGUUAACAUGGCGUGAUCAUUUAUUCAAGCAGCUUAACAAGCAAGUAACAGCUGCUGUACUUAAACUCAUUGAAAGAGAAAGAAAUGGUGAAACUAUCAAUACUCGUCUUGUCAGUGGUGUUAUUAAUUGUUACGUGGAGUUAAGUCUCAAUGAGACAAGCCCUGUUGGCAAAGGAUUGAACUUAACCGUGUACAAAGACUCAUUUGAAAAUGUUUUCUUAGAAGACACUGAAAGGUUUUAUAAUCGAGAGAGUACAGAAUUUCUGAGACAGAACCCUGUCACAGAGUACAUGAAAAAAGCAGAGCAACGCUUAGCUGAAGAAGGAAAACGAGUUCAAGUUUACCUCCACGAAACAACACUUGAUCGGCUUUCCAAAUGUUGUGAGCAGGUGCUAAUUGAAAAACACUUAGAAAUAUUUCAUGCCGAGUUUCAAAAUCUCCUUGAUGCAGACAAAGAUGAAGAUCUUGGAAGAAUGUAUCAGUUAGUGGCACGGAUCCCAGAUGGUUUAGGAGAAUUAAGAAAUCUGUUAGAGAGCCAUAUUGCUGCGCAAGGUCUUCAGGCCAUCGAAAAAUGUGGUGAGAGUGCAUUGAAUGAUCCGAAAGUUUAUGUAAAUGCUACUUUGGAAGUACAUAAGAAAUAUAAUGUACUCGUGUUAACUGCUUUCAACAAUGAUUCUGGUUUUGUUGCUGCGUUAGACAAGGCUUGUGGUCGCUUUAUCAACAAUAAUGCAGUCACAAGAAUAGCAAACGCGAGCUCAAAGUCACCAGAAUUACUAGCCAAGUUUUGCGAUAUCCUGCUGAAAAAAUCGAGCAAAAAUCCAGAGGAGGCAGAGUUGGAGGAUACCUUGAAUCAAGUGAUGGUUGUGUUCAAGUAUAUUGAGGAUAAAGAUGUUUUCCAAAAAUUUUACAGCAAAAUGCUGGCGAAGCGACUGGUCCAGCACAUGUCUGCUAGUGAUGAUGCUGAAGCCUCUAUGAUUUCAAAAUUGAAACAAGCUUGUGGAUUUGAAUACACCUCCAAACUUCAGCGCAUGUUCCAGGAUAUAGGAGUUUCAAAAGACUUAAAUGAACAGUUCAAAAAUCAUCUUAUUAGUUCAAAUGAGCCGCUAGAUAUCGAUUUCAGUAUCCAAGUUUUAUCAUCGGGAUCAUGGCCCUUCCAGCAAUCGUUCCUUUUCUCACUGCCAGCUGAAUUAGAAAAGAGUGUACACAGGUUUACUUCAUUUUACAGUGGUCAACAUUCUGGCCGGAAAUUGAACUGGCUCUAUAACAUGUCCAAAGGUGAACUACACACAAAUUGUUUCAAAAAUCGUUACACUCUCCAAGCAUCGACAUUCCAAAUGGCUGUCUUACUCGAGUUCAAUGUGCAUAAAAAACUGAGCGUCCUUCAGUUGAGCGAGCACACCGGAAUAAAGUUUGACUUUCUAAUUCAGGUUCUCCAGAUUUUACUUAAGUCUAAAUUGCUUAUCUGUGAUGAUGAUGAAGCAGAUAUCCACUCUCAAUCACAGAUAUCUGUCUAUUCAGGAUACAAAAACAAAAAACUUCGUGUCAAUAUUAAUAUUCCAAUGAAAACAGAAAUGAAGAUAGAACAGGAAACAACACAUAAACAUAUUGAAGAGGAUCGUAAAUUAUUAAUCCAAGCUGCCAUUGUUCGCAUUAUGAAAAUGCGCAAAGUAUUGAAGCAUCAGCAAUUAGUUGGUGAAGUAUUGACGCAGCUGGCUCUCAAGUUCAAACCAAAAGUUCACAUCAUCAAGAAAUGUAUCGAUAUUCUAAUUGAAAAAGAAUACCUCGAGAGAACAGAGGGUCAAAAGGAUACGUACAGUUAUUUAGCUUGAAUUUUUAAUUGCUGCUUCUUUUUGUGGGCUUCUCAAUUUGUUAAAGAUGUCUCAGCUCUAUUCUCACCCCUCCUUCUACUAAAUAUUUUAUUUCUCUCCUUCUUAUUGAGACAUCAAUGUUUGUCAAAAAGUGAAAUGAAAAUAGGUUUUUAAAUGCAUUAUUUUAGACACUACUCUUUGGUGGUCAAUUAAUACCAGGUUGUGCUUAUAUUUUCCAUUCUCACAUGUGAUUCUUGGCAUCUAAACAAGAAAAUUUCAUUGUUACAAAUUGACCUCGCGCAGAAUGAUGAUUGAUUUACAUUAAAAGAAUUUAAAAAAACCGAAUUAAUUUCGCAUUAAUUUUAGCAAUCAGUUCUUUUAUUUCUUACUCUUCAUUUUUUAUCACCUCGUGUUUGUGGCAAGAAGUAUAUCGAUACAUCAAAAAUGGAUCAACUGUGCAACAUCAUUCUUCAGUUUGUGCACUAAGAGCUUAGCAAGGAGAAGUCAUUCUAACUGAUCUUAAGACAAGCCAGACUAAUAACUGAGCGGUUACAGUAACUCCUGCAAGAAGGUCAUUGUUCUUCAACGCUUAAGUCUUCUUCAUGUUUUUAGCAUUCCCAUUCCUCAAUGAAUGGAGCCAAUCUUCAAAAUUUUAGUUGCAAAAUCACUGGAUAACUGGACAGGAAUAGAAAUAUGGCAUCACAAGAUAUGUCCUUUCAUCGAAAUUUCACUGAAAAUAAAUUUUUUUGCCAAACUUGUUGAAUUUUCCAAAAUUACCCCAUAAGUAACUAAUAAUCAUUUACUACUUACCUAUUAACUAGUUCACUCAACUGCCUGAUUUUAAAAAAAACCAAAUUUUCAAGUAUGUCAGGUUUGCUAUUGAAUACAAACAUUGACAUUUGACAAUCAAUUGAAAUUCAACGAUUAAUUUCUCCUCACCUGGUACAAGAUACCUGCAAACCUUUUAAGAUAAAAUCAGCUCACCCCAAAAAUAAUAUCAUCAUAAGGCACACUUAAAUUUGUUCUGUCCUCAUUCUGGUUCUCGGAAGGCUUUCUUUUUAUAACUAGUAGAAAGCCUCAAUUGAUGAGCACUGUUAUCUCCAAAUUUUAGUCAGUGUGUCCAAUUUUGAAACCCAUCAUAUGUCUGCAGUGUUUUUCUUAAAAUUUAAUACAAAUACAUGUGUCGUGGAGCAUGACCUAGAACCCUGUCUAGUGCUCCACUAGCCUGGAUGCACGGAUUGGUAAGAAGUUGACAACCCCCCCCCCCCUUCCCUGCGCACACUUUCUGACAGCACAUAAUAAAGGUUAUUUUAGUGCUACACAUUAUUAAAAUCCACAAUAAUGACUUGAUGAUAAAAAAUUGUGUUUUCUGUUAACAACUUAUCUUGCGUUAAUCUACCUUUAGUAGCAUCUAUUUACGUUUUUUUGCAGUGGAAAGGAUUUUCUCACACAAAUGAAAGUUUAGCAGCAAGGAAGAAUAAUCAAGUCGAUCAAUCAAUCUAUUUUUUUUUUUCACCUUAAGUCCACGCCACAUAAGUUUAUACUUUUUUAGACUGUAGCAGAAGAUUGCCUGGUGUCAUUUUAGCAUGGAAAAUAGGUGCAACUGUCAAGAUGGUGGGUUUUCUGUUGCAGUCUAAAAGUGUGUAAAUUUAUUUUCAAUGGAUUCUAGGAUUGUUUUUUGUCAGAGGGCUGUAAUCAUCUCCAGCUCUUUUCUUUUUUAAUUAUCCUACUGUAUUUAAUCAACUAUUCUGAGUAUUGUUGAAGCGAUUAAUUUUGGCACAACCAGUUUGACUUGAAGUGGUUCAAUAUCAGUGGAAGUUGUGAGCAAGAAAAUAAAAGAAGAGAAAGGAGAAAUGAAGUCUUAAAAAAUCAAGAUCUAAAUGUGGAAGGGUUAUGACCAUUUUUGUUAAGUUCUUAAAAUACUUUGGUUGAGGCCAUAAUCUCGAAUUGUACAUCAUGUCAAAUCUUGUCCGACUUUAAAACUGUUGUCAACAUUUAUCGUUUGUAUUUUUUGUCUCUCUAACAAUAUUCCUUUUUCUAGUGGGGCAUUUCUUCGUCAUUGUUACUAAAAAAAGAGAGGAAAUCAGCAAAUUAAUUGUUAUCAAUUUUUAGUUGAAUUUGAUUCUCUUCAGUUAAAAUUGAGUGCUUUGUAAAUAAUUGGUAGGCUAGUUCAUUAUUUUUUUCCUCCCUUUUUUUUUCUUUUUUUUUUUGUUUUCUAGUUUGUAUCAUUUCUCCCUCACUCCAUCUGUAUGAGCUGUGUAAGGCUCUUCACUUUGCUACGCAAGUCACUAGCCAUAACUCCUUUCUCCCUUAUUGUUCCCUUUUCUUUUUUGGUCAAAAUACAUGUGGGAACCAUCAUUUCAAACUUGAUCAGAAUGGUAGAAAGACGCAAUUUUUGGAGAAGAGUUUGGUAGGCAUGCAAAGCACUAUCCGUUGUACAGUUUUAUCAAUCUUUGAGUCUUUGAAUUGAAAUGUUAAUACCCUCAAAUCUCAAUAAAUAUAUUUAUAUAAUACUUA